AUGUCAACCAAUUCAAUUGGACAUGUGCAGUUAGAGUUUAUGACAACUGGGACGGUGCGGAUCCGGCCCUCAAUGCGUUCACAACCUCUCAGCAAAAUUGGCCUUUUUCGACGCAUUCGAUCGUUCCUUGACAGGGAAUGGACUGAUCCAAUUCCAGUUGGAGUGUUCCUCAUUCGCCAUCCUGAAGGCCUCUUCCUCAUGGACACUGGGCAAUCCCCGCGUUGCAACGACGCAGGAUAUCUCCCAAGAGGCGCUUUCCUCAGUGGCUUGUUGACUCAAUUCACCAUUGAACAUCACGACGGAAUUCUCGAGCAGCUCCACAAACGCGGCAUUAAAGCAACCGAUCUGAAAGCUGUCAUUCUGAGUCACCUCCAUAACGAUCAUGCAGGUGGCUUGGAAGACUUAGUUGUCGAAGCACCCGAUCUCCCUAUCUAUGUCAGCCGCGAACACUGGAAGGCUUUUGGAGAACAUCCUUUCUUUGCAAGCAUUGAAGGUGCCACUCCCAAUCAUUGGCCGAAGAACUUCUCGCCAAUGGUGUUUGAUUUUCAGGACAGGCCCCUUGGGCCUUGGAAGCAGUCAUUUCCUGUGACAGAAGAUGGAAGAAUUGCCAUUGUUGAUACAUCAGGACAUGUUCCCGGGCAUGUCAGUGUGGUGAUUUAUGGGAACGAUGGACCUGAGCAAGCCCAGGUCACAUACCUUCUCUCUGGAGACGCAACAUACGCCUUGGACCUUCUGGAUAAGGAGCAACCUGAUGGUAUCAAUGAUGAUCCCAUGCGCGCGUUCCAGACUCUGCAAACUAUCAACAAGUUUGCCAGGGAGACUGAUGUGGUAGUCUUGCCUAGUCAUGAUACCAACACUCCUCGUUUGCUUGAUGAACGAGUGGUCUAUAAACCUUCUGGCAGGAAGUAA